AUGCAUCCCGUAACUUCCUGCGCUAUCCUGCUCCUGCUCCUGCUCCCAAUCGCCGCCUUGGCUGAUAACUUUGAGUUCACAUUUCCCCAAGACGACGACGCCAAAGUCGACCUCUCAAGAACGGUACAAGUUACGUGGGAAGCUGGAGACGACGGUCGCCGCUACACCCAGCUAGAUUUGGAGUGGACAGGAGAGACGACUGGCGGGACGAGGUUCACAUAUUCCAUUGAGAAAAACCUCACUUUGUCGUCUGGCAGCUAUUCCUGGGACCCGGUCAACGAAACCAGCGCCCUGACCUCGGGAAAGACAGUGCUCACAGACAACGAUGACUUCUACUUUGUGGCCAAGCUGCACAACAUCAACGAGACUGUGCGCAUCGAAUUCGAGAGUGACAAAUUCCCUGUGACAGGCUAUGCGAAUAUCAGCAGUCUAGCAGCUGUGCAGAAGCCUGGCAUGGGAUUGCUCGUGUUGGCUGGGCUUUUGGGCUCUGUAAUAUGCAUGCUUUAA